GUUGCGCCUCUCUCCAUUGAAUGCAGCCGGUCGACGUCACCCUUAUCGAAUAUUUAAAAAGAUAUUACAAUAAUGAGAUGGCUCCACCAAUCCAAAGUCAAAGAAAGGAUAAACUGGACCCCCCACUGUUAGGGCGGAGAGACAUGCAUCUUGUCAGUAUAUCCAUAAUCUUUGUCAAUUACAGUUUACCCAAUUUGACCACAACAUUCGGAAGUCAGAGAGCAUAAUCGAUCCUAGAUCAGCGCCCUGGAGCAAACUAUCGCUAAACAGCGGCAGUCGUGUGAUAGCGACUGUUGCCUUUGUUAGCAAAAUGGCGACAAGCGGAGAAGCCCCGGAGUCUUGGUAUCUGGCGCUGCUCGGAUUUGCGGAACAUUUUCGCACCUCAAGUCCCCCCAAGAUCCGUCUCUGCGUCCACUGUCUGCAGGCGGUGUUUCAGUUUAAACCGCCGCAGAGGGUCGAAGCCCGAACUCAUCUCCAGCUAGGCUCGGUACUCUACCACCACACCAAGAACACCGAACUCGCCCGGAGCCACUUGGAGAAAGCGUGGUUCAUAUCACAACAAAUCCCUCAGUUUGAAGAUGUCAAAUUUGAGGCUGCAAGUCUUCUGUCAGAGCUCUAUUGCCAACAGAUUCUGGUUGACUCUGCAAAGCCCUUGCUGCGGAAGGCCAUCCAGAUCUCCCAACAGACUCCCUACUGGCACUGCAGAUUACUCUUCCAACUGGCGCAACUGCACACGCUGGAGAAGGAUCUAGUGUCAGCCUGUGACCUCCUGGGGGUCGGGGCAGAGUAUGCCCGGGUAGUGGGCUCCGAAUACACCAGAGCCCUCUUUCUUUUGAGUAAAGGAAUGCUGCUGCUGAUGGAGAGGAAGCUUGGGGAGGUGCACCCCCUGCUGACUCUGUGUGGGACCAUCGUGGAGAACUGGCAGGGAAACCCCAUCCAGAAGGAGUCCCUCAGGGUGUUCUUCCUGGUGCUGCAGGUCACACACUACCUGGAUGCUGGACAGGUGAAGAGUGUGAAGCCAUGUCUGAAGCAGCUGCAGCAGUGCAUCCAGACCAUCUCUACGCUCCACGACGAUGAGAUCCUACCCAGUAACCCUGCCGACCUGUUCCACUGGCUGCCCAAGGAGCACAUGUGUGUCCUCGUCUACCUGGUGACGGUCAUGCACUCCAUGCAAGCAGGCUACCUGGAGAAGGCCCAGAAAUACACAGACAAAGCACUCAUGCAGCUGGAAAAGCUCAAAAUGCUGGACUCCAGCCCCAUCCUCUCCACAUUCCAAGUCAUCCUACUGGAGCACAUCAUCAUGUGUCGACUCGUCACUGGUCACAAGGCCACGGCACUGCAGGAGAUCUCUCAGGUGUGUCAGCUGUGCGCUCAGUCCCCAAGGUUAUUCACCAACCACGCAUCCCAGCUACACACCAUGCUAGGUUUGUACUGCAUCUCCGUGAACUGCAUGGAUAACGCAGAGGCGCAGUUCACUGCUGCCCUGCGGGUGAGUGACCUGACGACGCACCAGGAGCUGUGGGCGUUCAUCGUGACCAACUUGGCCAGCGUCUACAUCAGGGAAGGCAACAGGCACCAGGAGCUUUAUAGCCUGUUGGAGAGGAUAAACCCAGAUCAUAACUUCCCUGUCAGCUCUCAUUGUCUGCGAGCAGCAGCCUUCUACAUCCGUGGACUCCUCUCCUUCUUCCAGGGACGAUACAAUGAGGCCAAGCGGUUCCUGAGGGAGACUCUGAAGAUGUCCAAUGCUGAAGACCUGAAUCGUCUGACCGCAUGCUCUCUGGUCCUACUGGGCCAUAUCUUCUAUGUGCUGGGGAACCACCGGGAGAGCAACAACAUGGUUGUUCCAGCUAUGCAGUUGGCCAGCAAGAUCCCCGACAUGUCAGUCCAGCUCUGGUCCUCAGCUCUGCUCAAGGAUCUAAACAAGGCGUGUGGGAACACGAUAGAUGCCCACGAGGCGGCUCAGAUGCACCAGAACUUCUCCCAGCAGCUCCUGCAGGACCACAUCGCUGCCUGCAGUCUCCCUGAGCACAACCUCAUCAGUUGGACGGAUGGACCACCUCCAGUGGGCCAGUUCCAGGCCCAGAACGGACCCACUACCAGCCUGGCCAGCCUUCUCUGAGCACCACCACGCCAUGAAAGAAUGAGAGAGGAAGGGACAGGUAGGAGGAUAGAGCAGUCAAGGGAAAGAAAAGAAGCGGGAGACUCGUAUGCUGCUGAUCUGCAUACAGCCUGGAUGCCCGUCUGUUUGAACAUUGUUGUGACCAUGCCAACGAGAAGCCUAACUAAUGCUGAAAUGGAAUACUACAGAGAGGGAGAGAGAGAACCUGACUGCCACUGGACACUUAAUGAAAGUAGAGUAUCUUAUAGAGUUGAAACCUCACAUCUUUUUUUUUUUUUUUCUCUCAAGUUUUUACUGAUAUCCACAUGGCAGUCAAAGCUAGCUUUUUGGUCUAGCUGGUGGUGUGUAUGGUUAACUUUGAAUUGCUGACAACAAGGGUUCCAUAGAAGGUUUUUACACACAGAGAGAAAAGACACCACCUGUACCCCAAGCUCAAUGCAGAACAAUAAACUAGUGAGAAGACAGUCACUGGAGCACAUGUGAGAGAACUUAAAACAAUGGUUGGGUCCUACACAACAACAGUCCUAGUGGGCAAUAAAGGUUGGGUGAAUAUUUUAACGUCAUUUUUAUUAUGUGUUUUUACUAAAAAAAAUUAAUGGCAGCAGUGUUGGCACCCCCUUUUUUGUAUUUUUUUAUUUAUUUAUUUUUUUGGCAUCUAAAAAGUAUUGUCCCCCUGAACUCUACUACAGUGCCCAUUGCAACCAGAGGGGGGCACUGCAGAGUCAUAUUUGAGCAACUUGUUGGCAAAGGACACUUUUAGUUGUAUUUUAUGGAACAGUUUUUAAAUGGUGAUAGGUUUUUCAAGAAUACCACAAUUGUUAUUCACUGUAUAAUUAUAUGUGAAAGUCACAUUUUUUUUGUAUCACAAUGCAGACUCUUAUUUUCGCAGCCUACAAACCAUUUUGCAAUGACACUUAUGUGUUGUAAAUAUUUAACAAUUUAUUUUACCAAAUGAAUCAUUUAUUAGAUUUUGUAAAGUUUAACUAUUUAUAUACCAGGUUUGACAAUAUCAGUUUCACUUUUCUUUCUUUUUGCAGAUCUUUUUGUAAUAUGGCAUGUAAACAUUUAGACUUUUUCCCCUUUGUGUAUUUAGAUGUUUCUUUUGAAUGAUUUAAACAUGUAAAGGCUAUGUUUGGUCAGUUGUGAAUCAAAUGCUCCAGCUACGACAGCCUACAACAGUUAUCAAGUCUAUUUUAUACUAUGGGGUUAUUAUAGGUUUGGUUAUUUUCUUUAUGCUGGUAUUGUUUUGACUUUUUUUCAACACAUUAUCAAGAAAAGUUUCAAAUAGAAUUGCUAAAGGAAAUAGUUAUUUUGCAUCCACUUUUUAAUUAUUUAGUUUUAUGCUGAUCUGAACACGCCAACAUACAAAUGAUACCUUCAACUUUUCUUUUGAGACCAAAUAAAUAGGCUAUUACAGAGCAUUGGUCCUGAUUUGAUUUGAGACAACAGAUCAUCUAACAGCUCUGUUCAACCCAUGUAACAGACACCUUGACCCCAAUCCUAUGAGAAUUGGCUAUACACGACACUUAAAAUGCUAAUUAUCACAUUUAUGCUUGAGGGCACAUUUUAUGCCCACCAUUUAGGCUGGAAGAGAUGUGUGGAAAUGGCUGAAGGUCAGGCAAUGGUACUUUGAAAGAAACUAUUAAGAACAUUGUUUCUGCAUUGGAAAUGUCUCUCCCCUCUAUACCCCUUCCUGAGAGAACGGUAAAACCAAAGGUCUAAUUGUGUGUAGUGACCAAGGUUUGAAUUACACAUUAAAAAAAUUGUUGCCCAGA